AUGGAUUUGACGGGAUUGGGGACCCUUCUUUUGGUUCUGGUCAUCUCCUGCCUUCUCAUCUACUCAACAUGGGACAAACUUUACAGGAAACGUAAUUUGCCACCAGGGCCAACACCGAUUCCUGUGAUCGGAAAUUUGCUGCAGAUCAGGAGGGGUGAGAUGGUGAAGUCUCUUAUGGAGAUAGGGGCUCAGUAUGGACCUGUUUAUACAUUCUACUUUGGCCAGCGUCCAGUGGUUGUCCUCAAUGGCUAUCAGGCAGUGAAAGAAGCUCUCAUUGACCAAGGAGAGGAAUUCAGUGGCAGAGGAAAGAUGAAUGCAAUUGACAAAAUCUUUCAAGGAUUUGGAGUUGCGUUCAGUAAUGGGGGACGUUGGAAAGAGCUCCGUCGGUUCUCACUUACUACGCUGAGGAAUUUCGGGAUGGGGAAGAGAAGUAUAGAAGAAAGGAUCCAGGAAGAAUCACAGUGUUUGGUGGAAGCGAUCAGCAAAUAUAAACAAAGGCCCAUUGAUCCUAGGAAUAUCCUUGCUCAGGCUGUCUCCAAUGUUAUCUGCUCUGUUGUAUUUGGAAACCGAUUUGAAUAUGAAGACUUGAAGUUUCUGAAGCUCCUCAAUUUGUUCAACGAGACAUUUAUAGUGAUGAGCUCAACCUGGGGGCAGCUGCAUGAACUGAUCCCUAGCAUUAUGAACUAUGUGCCUGGACCACACCAGAAGAUCUAUCCCAUCAUUGAAAGGCUGAUCGAAUUUAUAGCUGAAAGGAUCAAGAUGAAUGAGGCGACGAUAGACCCAACUUCUCCGAGAGAUUAUAUAGAUUGCUUUAUCACUAAAAUGCAGCAGGAUAAUGAAAACCCCACGUCCGAGUACAACAUACGAAAUCUCCUGAUGACCGUCCUGAACUUGUUCUUCGCUGGAACAGAGACCGUCAGUUCCACAUUACGACAUGGAUUCCUCAUCCUCUUGAAGUACCCUGAGAUACAAGAAAAGUUACAUAAAGAAAUUGAUUCAGUGAUUGGCCACAACCGAAGUCCAAAUAUUGAGGAUCGGAGCAAGAUGCCCUAUAUGGACGCUGUCAUCCAUGAGAUCCAGAGGUUCAGUGAUGUUAUUCCAAUGAACCUUCCCCAUACUGUCAUCAAAGACACCACAUUGAGAGGAUUCACCAUUCCAAAGGGCACAGACGUUUAUCCUCUGUUGUGUACCGUUCUGCGAGACCCCAGCCAGUUCACCACCCCAGAGCAAUUCAACCCCGGGCAUUUCCUAGACGAGUCUGGAAGCUUUAAGAAAAGUGACGCAUUUAUGCCAUUCUCCACAGGGAAGCGGAUUUGCCUGGGAGAAGGUCUUGCUCGCAUGGAACUGUUUCUUUUCCUUACGACCGUUCUACAGAAUUUUAAAUUAACAUCAGAGACGCAGUUCACAGAACGCGAUAUUGCUCCCCGCAUGACCGGAUUUGCAAAUGUUCCUAUAGAUUAUCAGUUGUCAUUUAUUCCUCGUGGGGCAUUAGUGAAAUAA